GCCCGGUUCUCGGUGGUGCGGGAGCUGGCGGUGGCAGCGGCCGCUCUGGUCGGCGGACGUGCUGCCGAGUAGUCCCGGAAGCGAAGCAGCGAUGGCGGAGAGUCCGACUGAAGAGGCGGCGACGGCGGGCGCCGGGGCGGCUGGCCCCGGGGCGAGCGGCGUUGCUGGUGUUGUUGGCGUUAGCGGCAGCGGUGGCGGGUUCGGGCCGCCUUUCCUGCCGGAUGUGUGGGCGGCGGCAGCGGCAGCGGGCGGGGCCGGGAGCCCGGGGAGCGGCCUGGCUCCGCUGCCCGGGCUCCCGCCCUCGGCCGCUGCCCACGGGGCCGCGCUGCUUAGCCACUGGGACCCCACGCUCAGCUCCGACUGGGACGGCGAGCGCACCGCGCCGCAGUGUCUACUCCGGAUCAAGCGGGAUAUCAUGUCCAUUUAUAAGGAGCCUCCUCCAGGAAUGUUCGUUGUACCUGAUACCGUUGACAUGACUAAGAUUCAUGCAUUGAUCACAGGCCCAUUUGACACUCCUUAUGAAGGGGGUUUCUUCCUGUUCGUGUUUCGGUGUCCGCCCGACUAUCCCAUCCACCCACCUCGGGUCAAACUGAUGACAACGGGCAAUAACACAGUGAGGUUUAACCCCAACUUCUACCGCAAUGGGAAAGUCUGCUUGAGUAUUCUAGGUACAUGGACUGGACCUGCCUGGAGCCCAGCCCAGAGCAUCUCCUCCGUGCUCAUCUCUAUCCAGUCCCUGAUGACUGAGAACCCCUAUCACAAUGAGCCUGGCUUUGAACAGGAGAGACAUCCAGGAGACAGCAAAAACUAUAAUGAAUGUAUCCGGCACGAGACCAUCAGAGUUGCAGUCUGUGACAUGAUGGAAGGAAAGUGUCCCUGUCCUGAACCCCUACGAGGGGUGAUGGAAAAGUCCUUUCUGGAGUAUUAUGACUUCUAUGAGGUGGCCUGCAAAGAUCGCCUGCACCUUCAAGGCCAAACUAUGCAGGACCCUUUUGGAGAGAAGCGGGGCCACUUUGACUACCAGUCCCUCUUGAUGCGCCUGGGACUGAUUCGUCAGAAAGUGCUGGAGAGGCUCCAUAAUGAGAAUGCAGAAAUGGACUCUGAUAGCAGCUCAUCUGGGACAGAGACAGACCUUCACGGGAGCCUGAGGGUUUAGACCCUGCUCCCAUCUCCCCUUUCCCCCCAACUCAAGAGUCCCAGCAGAAUUCCUUCCCCCCACCCCAGGGAUGGAGAGGCACUGUGUAUCUCCCUCCAGACUCGAAGUCAUCCUGCAAGAUGGCGAGAACCAAGCAAGCUCGGAUCCCAGGGUGUGGGAGUGGGGGGCCUGUUCCCGGUCUGACCUCCUUGGCACUGGAGCAUCUGGGGCGACGUUCAUCUGUUCAUCCCAUAUCAGGGGCCAAGGUACCUUUACAGGACCACCUAGAGCGAGGGCCUCUGGCAAAAACAAAACAACCAACACACCUCUCCACAGGGCCAGCUCCUUAGGGAUAAGUAGAAGACGGAAAUUGCAGUUCCAAGAGGGAGUGUGCCCAAAUGAUUUAUGGGGAUACCUGGAAGGGAGCUUGGGGUGGGGGCUGUCUGUGACACUUAAGCAGUCUGGGUGGUUGUCUAUUUGUCUGUCUUCAGUCUUGAAGCAGGGCUUCCCAAUGCCCUUUUCCUCCCUGCCUGCCUUCCCCCAUUAUUUCCCACAGGCCAGCAUAAUUUUGUUUUUCCUAAUUUAUAGUCACUGUUCUAGACAGACCAAAGAGAAGGAACAGUGGUGGAAUCUAGGCUGCUGAUCAGUAAGCUUUACCUAGCACCUGAGCACCUUUCUCCCCUCCCCCCUUUCCUCACCCUUUUCUAGAUGUAAGACAGAAGGUAAAUGUGACUGGGACUUAACCAAGGUCUUGGUAAAGCCUGCAUAGGCACCGUAAGAAGCUGAAAAUACUGUUUGUUCCCACAAUCACUGAUUUGAAAAGUUCCCGGCACAGGCAGCUGCUGUGUAUAUGGGAUUAGAGCCACUACAUAGAAUAGUCUUACAGAUUUUCAUAAAUACUAGUCACAAUGAGGGUAUUUCUUUUGAGGGUGGAGUAAGUGGGAGACUGAUGCUAGUCAUUGUAUUUUGUUGGGCUGUCCUUGUGUAUUUUCACCCCAGCCUGUAGUCCUCCUCACUUCAACCCCAGGGAUUUGUGGGGAGCAAGGGUAGCCAAUGGCAGAGGGGAUUGGGGCUGGGGCUCUGGAGGCUCCUCCCCUUCUUUCUCCUCCUUCCGCCUCCCCUGUGCCCCCAGCUGCUCUUGUCACUGACUCUGAUGGGUGUUUGCCUGGCUGUGUUGCUUCUCUGCAGUGAUCCUUUAUCUGGUUGGCUCAGAAAAAAAAUGUGCUUUAGGUGCCCUGUAAUCCUGGGCAUCAAGGGAAUCCAUCCUUCCCCUUUUUGAUAUGUUCUCCCCAUACUUCCAGAUUUAUUGUUAUGGCUCCCAGUGGGUAUUGGCAAUUCUUGUGAUGCAGGGCCUCAGUCAGUGUCCAGCCACGCAUAAGGGAGAGGAUAGUGUGUACCUGCCCUGCCCGCUGCUAUGAAAGUCUCUGGCUUGUGGAUCAUGGGACCCCCUUGGAGGAUCUGUGCAAAGAGGGGCUGGGCAAAAAGGAGAAUGUCCUACUUGGGAGGGCAGGAAGCAAAGGAACUGGACAGGGAUUGUUGGGCUUGGGGAACGGAAGUUUAUCUUGGAUACCCAUGAAGAGGCUGGGUCUCUUCACAUGAAGAUUGAAAAGGGACCCUGCUUCCAAUUUCCCUCUUCCAUUCCUCGAGCUACUCCAGGGCUUAGAAAAAUGCCCUUGGUCUGUGGGUCCAGUGUUGUCUGUCAUCCAUUUAAGUGUUCCCCCUUUCAAGUGACAAUCCUCUCCUUGGCCCUGCCAUAGGGCAGAGCAUGUCUGGCAUAGCAGCCUGACUUUUAUGCCCUAAUCUUGAGUUGAGGAAAUAUAUGCACAGGAGUCAAAGAGAUGUCUUUAUAUCUGACUGUACAUAAAUGAAGUUUUCUUUUUUUUUUUUUUUUUUUCUUCCUUUUUGGUGCAAUAAAGUUUGUUUUGGCAGAAGGAGGAAGUGCCUGUGGGCAUGGGAGGGCUUGUGUAAAGGAGGAGUGGGAUCAUCUUGUUAACUACACCUCACCUAGGCCUGGAACUGUUAGGGAGAAGGAAAGUGCUGUGAAUUGUCUGGAAGACAAAGACUUGCAUAACAUGGUGGAAGGGCGGGGCCGGGUGGGGAGAGCAGGACAAGUUUUCUCAUUGGAAAUGGGGUUCAUUUUUUAAGGCUCUGGCAGUCAGUGACAUCUUAGUUUCAGCGGCUUCCAAAGACCUAUUCCAGAACUUGGAGUGAGCAUGUCCUACAAGGACAGGCAGAGGUAGAGAUGGGCCCAGGCGAUAUCCUGCUAAAGGAAGGGUCUCAGUAUGGAAAAACCAUUGAGUUUUCAGAUUUCCAGUACAGUAGCACUUUUUAAGGAUCUUGGCCUUUAGACUGUAACGACUUUGGGAGCCUUAAACAACUCUGGCCUCUUCCCUCAUCACUUCUACUUGCUGUAGGAGAUUCUUGCUUUCUGAUGCAGAAGCUUUUACUCUUGGCUGACCAUGUGUGCAGAAAAAUGUCUACACACAGUAUGUGCUGCCAUUCUGUACUGUGCAGUGAUACGUGAAGGCAUGGGCUCGGGUUAAUAGGCCUAGGCUCCAGCUUUGGCUCCGCUGAAGCUGGUGGCCCCUGGCAAAUUACUUUGAUUCAAUCACCUGUGACGCUGAAGGCUGCCUACUUGGUGAAAUUUAAGUGAGCUGUAUGUAAAAUGGGACAGGGUAGGUGUUCAGUAAAUGACUCCCUUUCCCACUACUGAGGCUAGAGGGACCUGGCAAUCUAGUACAGGAGGGUGAGAAAGCUAGUAGGGAAUUAGAGAAAAUAGAACACUCCCUAACUAUUGUUUGAUUCCCCUCAGAGUCCAUUGUUUUCUUUCCUCCAGUUAAGCCACGAUUGGACAUUGACUUCUAUUUCCUUCACACUCACAGCUAACUUUGUCAUAACCUAGAGCCUCUACAGAGGAAGCCAGAAGAGGCUAAAAGAGUGAAUAGUAUUUACUGGUCCAUUAGGACCAGCUAGUUUGAGAUAAGGAACAUUUUAUUAAAAAUGUUUGAAUUAGCAUAGGCUGUAAUCUAUGUCUCACAGCUACAAAGACUAGACAGGCCAGGAAACCACCUGCAUUCCAGGCCCAGCUCUUCCAUGAACUUGCAGAUGACCUGCACAAAUCAUUUUAUAUGUGCUUGCCGUUUUCUGUGUUAAUCAGAUUAUCCUUACUGAAUGAGCGAGGUCUUCUCCAAUAAAGAUGCAAUGUGAAGGCACUUUUCAAAAAUAAAAGAAUGGGGGAAGAAA